CUAAGUCUGUGUGUGAGUGAGUGAGGGUGUAGAUGUAUGUAUGUUUGUCUGCCUCCCGAGGGCUGGGCCUCCUUAUUCACAAGGUGAGUCACAUUAUGAAACACACUUUUUCUUCCUGUCAGGACUGAGUCAGGUAGAGGAGUCGAUAUAACCACCUGAUCGGGGAAAAGGAAGACACAGCAGAAACCUGAGUGCACAUCACGGAGAGGCUCCAGCCAGCCCUCCCAGCGGCUUCCCUGCUGUCCCUGCUGGGUCCAGGAGGCUUUCUUUGGGUCCAGAACACCUGGAAUCCCCCCUUCCUCCUUUGGGAUGUCUCUGCUCUGGCUGAGCUGUUUCUGCUUCUUUUUCCUCCCGCCUGCAGCCCUGAGCACGUCUAGGAGGGAAGUCUGUGAUUGUAAUGGGAAAUCCAGGCAAUGUGUCUUUGAUCAAGAGCUGCAAAGAAGAACAGGAAAAGGAUUCCGUUGUCUCAACUGUAAUGACAAUACAGCUGGUGUACACUGUGAGAGGUGCAAGGAUGGAUUUUACCGCCUGAGAGACAGAGACCGCUGCUUGCCUUGCAAUUGCAACACAAAAGGCUCUCUUAGCUCAAGGUGUGAUAACCAUGGAAGAUGCAAUUGUAAGCCAGGUGUGAUGGGAGACAGAUGUGACCAGUGCCAGCCAGGAUUCACUCUCACUGAAGCUGGAUGCAGCCGAAAUAGACAAUUAAAAGAUUCCAAAUGUGACUGCGAUCCAGCUGGAAGCACAGGAAGCUGUGAUUCAGGUCGAUGUGUCUGCAAGGCUUCGGUCACUGGAGAACGCUGUGAUAGGUGUCGGCCUGGUUACUAUCAUCUGGACAGAGACAACCCUGAAGGAUGCACUCAGUGUUUCUGCUAUGGCCACUCAGCCACCUGCAGCAGUUCUGGAGUUUACAGUGUCUACAAAAUCACUUCUACUUUCCAUCGAGAUGUCGAUGGCUGGAAGGCUAUCCACAGAAACAGAGCGCCGGCACCACUUCAGUGGUCUCAACGCCACCAUGAUAUAUUUAGUACAGCCAGGAGAUCUGACCCUAUCUAUUUUGUAGCUCCUGCCAAAUUUCUUGGAAACCAACAGGUGAGUUAUGGACAGAGUCUCUCUUUUGACUACCGUGUGGACCGAGGAGGAAGGCACCCAUCUACCCAUGAUGUGGUUCUGGAGGGAGCUGGUCUUCGUGUCUCAGCCCCUUUAAUGCCACUUGGGAAGACACUGCCAUGUGGAAUCACCAAGACAUACACGUUCAAACUGACUGAACAUCCAAGCAGUAAAUGGAAACCUCAGCUGAGUUAUUUUGAGUACCGCAGAUUAUUAAGGAAUCUGACAGCCCUCUGGAUCAGAGCUACAUAUGGAGAUUAUAGCACAGGAUACAUUGACAACGUGACCCUGAUCUCAGCUCGUCCCAUCUCUGGAAGCCCAGCACUGUGGGUUGAAAAAUGUGUGUGUCCUGCUGGGUAUAAGGGACAAUUCUGCCAAGAUUGUGCCCCUGGAUACAAAAGAGACUCUGCCAAACUUGGGCCUUUUGGAAGUUGUAUACCAUGUAACUGUCCAGGUGGAGGAGCUUGUGACCCAGAUACUGGAGAUUGUUAUUCAGGGGAUGAAAACCCAGACAUUGACUGUGCUGACUGCCCCAUUGGUUUCUAUAAUGAUCCCCAGGACCCACGCAACUGCAAGCCAUGCCCUUGUCAAAAUGGCUUCAGCUGCUCCGUGAUGCCAGAGACAGAGGAAGUUGUCUGCAAUAACUGCCCACAAGGGAUCACCGGUGCUCGCUGUGAGCUCUGUGCUGAUGGCUACUUUGGAGACCCCUUUGGUGAAAAUGGUCCUGUAAGACCCUGCCAGCCCUGUCAGUGCAACAACAAUAUUGACCCCAGUGCACCUGGAAAAUGUGAUCACUUGACAGGGGAAUGCCUGAAAUGCAUUUAUAACACAGCUGGCUUCCAUUGUGACCAAUGCAAAGAGGGCUACUUUGGGAAUCCUCUGGCUACUAAUCCAGCGGACAAGUGUCGGGCUUGCAACUGCAACUCAGUGGGAUCUGAGCCCCAAAGGUGUCGAAGUGAUGGGAGCUGCAUCUGUAAGCCGGGAUUUGGGGGUGUCAGUUGUGACCAAUCAGCAUUAACCAGCUGUCCAACUUGCUAUAACCAAGUGAAGAUUCAGCUGGACCAGUUCUUGCAGCAGCUGCAGAGCUUGGAGGCUCUAGUUUUGAAGAUACAGGCUGGUGGUGGGUCCCUACCCAAUGCAGAACUAGAAGGCAGGUUGAAGGAAGCGGAGGGGACCCUUCAGGACAUUCUGCGAGAAGCUCAGAUCUCUGAAGGCUCCAGUAGGUCCCUGAAGCUCCGCCUGGACAAGGCAAGGGCCCAAGAGACCAAUUACCAAUCACGACUGGAUGAACUCAAAAUGAUGGCGAACAGAAUGCUGGCCUUGGGGAAUCAGUAUCAAAGCCAAGUCCAGGAUACCCGGAGACUGAUUGCCAAGAUGAGAUUGAGUUUGGAGGAAAGCAAAACCUCCCUAAGCAAUACUAAUAUUCCACCUUCAGACCAGUAUGAAGGACCAAACAGCUUUAAAACACUAGCCCAAGAAGCCUGGAGUUUAGCAGACAGUCAUGUAAAGUCAGCUAAUGAUAUGGAACGACUGGCUGGGGAAACCAGGGAUUAUUCUGACCAAGCCUUGGAACUGGUUCGCAAAGCUGUGACUGAAGGAGUGGGAAGCAGCAAUGUGGAUAGCUCUGUGGUACAGGGGCUUAUGGGAAAAUUUGAAGAAGCUAAAUCCCUGGCCCAGCAGUUGCAGAGGGAGGCCGGUCAAACUGACACUGAAGCAGAGAGAUCCUACCAGCAGAGCCUGCGCCUCCUGAACUCCAUGCCUCAACACCCCCAGAUCGCUAACCAGGCUUUCCAGAUGGAAACAAAGAGAAUCAGACAGGAAGCUGACUCUCUGUCAAGUCUGGUAACAAGGCAUAUAACCGAAUACAAGCGUUUGCAAGAUCACCUGGGAAACUGGGAGAAAGAAACAGAGCAGCUUUUGCAGGAUGGAGAGAAGGAGAGACAGAAAUCGGAUCAGCUGCUUUCCCGUGCCAAUCUUGCUAAGAGCAGAGCCCAGGAGGCCCUGAGCAUGGGCAAUGCAACUUUUUAUGAAGUUGAGAGCAUUUUAAAAAACCUCAGGGAAUUUGAUCUACAGGUCGGGGAUCGGAAAACAGAAGCAGAAAAUGCUAUGAGGAGACUCCCCUUUAUCAGUCAGCUGGUUGCAGAGGCCGAUGACAAAACAGGACAGGCAGAGAGGGCCCUGGGCAGCGCUGCUGCAGAUGCCAGGCGGGCAAAGAGCAUGGCAGGAGAGGCGCUAGAGAUCGCUGAUAAUAUUGAGCAGGAGAUAGGGAGAUUGAACUUAGACGCGAACACAACAGCAGAUGCAGCCUUGGCACUUGAGAAGGGAAUGGCCACUCUGAGCAGCGGGAUCCGGGAUGUGGAAGGAGAGCUUGGAAGGAAGGAGCUGGAGUUUGGUCAGGAUGGGGAUGCUGUGCAGAGGGUGAUUCAGGAAGCCCAAGGGGCUAAUACCAGAGCCCAAAAUGCAGGGUUUGCCAUCCAAGAUACACUAAAUGCCUUGGACAGCAUCCUGAGUCUAAUAGAUCAGCCCGGCGGUGUGGAUGAAGAAGGCUUACUCUUGCUAGAACAGAACUUCAGCAGAGCCAGAAAUCAGAUCAACAGCCAGCUUCGGCCCCAGAUGCUGGAACUGGAGGACAGAGUUCGGAAGCAGCAAGGCCAUCUUCGGUCUUUGGAGGCAAACAUCGACGGGAUCCUGGCCGAUGUCAAGAACUUGGAGGACAUCCGCAACAACCUGCCUCCGGGCUGCUACAACACACAGGCUCUCGAGCAGCAGUGAAGCCGUCCCAGAGAUUCCUCCUCCGCGUUUCUCAGGUCGCAGAUCCCGGAGUCCGGGGCUCAGCACUGGUCCGGGGGUGGGGGGGAGGUACAAUUGGACUUAACUGAACUGACCCUGAUCUCAGCGCUGUGACUGGAGCCGGCCAGAGGUCUGGCUGGAUGUGUGAUGUUGGAUAUGAAUCAUGUUAGGUAAUGAAUCAAACGGCAUUACAGCACGAGACUGAUGGAGCAGCCGGGACCCCAGGAUAGGGAGAGGAUUAGCGGUGCAAUGGCCAUAUCAAAGGGGCAAAGCCAUGAUUAACAGGCACAUUGGGCUUUACCUAAGGACCAAAAAAAUGGAGAGAGAAGAGAGCCCAGUUCCCGAUGAUUACCAUUCUUGCAUCUUGCUCUGGCCCAUCCAGUCCCAUCCCCAGGGGUCCAUCUCAGGAUGCCUUUCUCCCGAGUCCCAGGUCUAGUGAAAGCCAGAUCCUCCCCUCUUUAGCAGGUUUGAACCUGCUCUCUGACUGACCUUUGUGUCCAUGUUCCCUCACCCCUAAUUCUAUUUGACCCAGGUGAAAAAUGUAGUUUAGCUCCACAGAAAAGUCUGGAGGUGAAGAAUAUUUUCGAGAGAUUUGUUUGAAAACAUAAUCAUUUUUAGAUUUAUCUAAUACUCUGAACCUCCGUGGGCAAAAAAGAAUUCUCCAAGUUUAUCCAGCCUUUUAAAAAUCAUCCUAGUAUCAAAAGAGGGAACAAAACCCAAUGAAAUACUGUUACCUCUCGGCAUCCAAUGCCAGACUUUUACCCUUUGGUACUCUUCACUCUCACCUCAUGAGGGUAGCACUUAAAUCCACUUCUAAACCAGAUGGAUAAUGGGACAGAGGGAAAGUGGGGCUGCUUACGUUCUGGUGGUACUCAGAGCCCUACUGUUUUGUGAUCCUGUUGCCUCAAGAGGCUCUCCAGCCUGAGUGGGCAAUAGCUUUUACCCUCCUGUCAAAUGACGCAGAUUGCGUUUCAUUAUCUAUUAAAGAAACAGAGAAGGAAAACUUUUUGGUUCAAACUGAUAAAAUAUGUAGCUCGAAUAUUGAGAGAGCUCAAAGCUAUCUAGAGAAUCAAGUUAUCCUUCCUUUGACCUCCCCUUUGAAAUCCCAGGUUUCAAUAUGUAUUUUGUGGUCCUUAUGUCAAUAUACCAAAGGAUGCUCCCUCCUUAGACUGAGCUGAGUAGAAGAUCUUGUCUGUCCUACACAGUGUUUGGUGGAGUACUUACCUGGAUGUAUCUCUGCCUCAAUCUUGAAAGACUUUUUGGUGCUGCCUUUCUUCUUUCCACCAUGUUUUCCCCCUUCACUUUUAAUGGACAUUUUUUAAAUAAAGAGGUAUUAAAUAA